CAAAGUCAUAGAGCAUCUCAAGUGCUACAACUUUGCCGAAGUGAUCAAAUCGUUUGCUAUUAUCAGUUUUGCGAAAACUGCAUACUUAGUGGGCUACUACUUCCUUCUAUUUCUUUGGAAUUGAACAAAUUUACGUUCUUUAAUGUUUCAUCAAUAGGUUUUUGUAUGCUACAAUCUUUAUGUUGCCUAAUUACAAAUCGUAAUUUACAGUUUAAAUCAAAUGAGAUACAGAAGAAGUUUCUAUUUUCACUAGUUUUGAACACCUUUUGUUUGUUAUGUUAUAUCAUGACUCAAAGUAAUGACUCUUGAAGACUGGGUUUCGUUGCACGUGCGCUCAAAACUUGCAAUUCAUCAGAGUAAAUUUGUCAAUUCAUAGUACAAAAGAUGACACAAUAAAAACAUUCAACUGAUUCAUAAUAUUUCUUUUGGUUGCAAAGUAUAUUUUAUAAGAAUCUUUAAAAAAAUGGCAAGAAAAUGUAAAUUUCCAAAUAUGAAACAUGAAAUAAAGUUGGUUUUGAUUUGGUUAUUAUUAUCAUUUAGAUGACCAUUGAUUUCUUCUUACAGCCUAGAAUCAUUCCCAUAUUGUACAAACUAUUCCAAUGUCACAGAGCUGACACAAUAAGCUACUGUUAAUUUCACAUAAGCCACUGUUUCACCAUGAUGGUCGGUCAUUUCCAUUUUAUUGUAAUCAAUGUACUAUGAUGAUAACCUUAAUGUUGACAAAAUGCAAGCAACUGGCUAGCAUUGGCAUACAAAGUAGAAAAUAAUAUAGAACUCUGUCCCAGUCAAUGAUAAUUCAAUUGAACUUUUUGUAUUUUCAUGACAUUACAAUCCAACAUCAGUUGUAAUUUUUGCAUAUAAAAAUGAAAUGGAAAUUGACACAGGUUGUUCAUUCAUUGCAAAUCAUUCAGCAAGUUAACAGUUGGAUUAAGAGUUAACUUCUCAAAGUGAUUUUUACAAUAAGGAAGUUUUUCAUUUCACGCCAAAUGCGUGAACGUAUUUUUCUUAAUUAAUUUUGUAAAACCAAUCUGUUUGAGAAUGCAUUCUCGAGCUACAUUGCUUUCAAUUAGCAUUCUGUACGUUUGUCUACUGACAAAAACUUCGUUUGCUGCUUGGGUCAGUGACUUGGACCCAAGCAUCGACUGCAAAGCACUUUUGGCUCAAAAGACAGAAGAACGAUCGAAAAAUGCGGAUUUGGAAAAUAAAAUCACGACCUCAAAUGAAAUCGACUACAAAAUGGCCAAGUCUAUCUUUGAUUUCACAGUUAAAGACACGAUGAACGCGAAAGUUCCAUUGGACGACUAUUGCCGUGGAUAUGUGACACUUGUUGUGAACAUUGCAUCGAGCUGCGGAUUAACCGAAAAUAAUUAUGCUCAAUUGACGCAAUUGGACAAAGAUUUUAGAGAUAAGCUACGAGUUUUGUCAUUCCCAAGCAAUCAAUUCGGUGGUCAAAUGCCUGAGGGUGAUGGCGACGAAAUGCUGUGCCAUUUGAAAUCACGCAAUGCUGCACCGGGAGGAAUUUUAGCCAAGAUCGAUGUAAAUGGAGACAAUGCCAUUCCGUUGUACAAAUACUUGAAGGAAAAAUUGAAAGGCGAAGCAGGGCCUGACAUUGAAUGGAACUUUGUCAAAUUUUUGAUUGAUAAGAAUGGACAACCAGUGAAACGCUACGAUAAAAUGGUCGAACCAAUGGCCAUUGUAGAAGAUAUCAAGAAACUUUUCUGAGCCCGGAAAAUGAGCGGAAUAACAUUUUAUGGACAAAAAGGCAUAUUUGUGGGAAUUAUUCUGAAUAAAAUUUCAAAUAAAGAUCUAACACAAAUCACAAUCCAG